UCCUCAUGUGCAACUCCAGAUGAUGGUCAACAGGACAACAGAGAGUGGCUUCACUCCUCUGCAUAUUGCUGCUCACUACGGUAAUGUUAAUGUGGCCACGCUGCUGCUCAACAGAGGGGCUGCUGUAGACUUCACAGCCAAGAAUGGUAUAACCCCUCUUCAUGUGGCUUCCAAACGAGGAAAUACAAACAUGAUUGUUCUGCUGCUAGAUAGGGGGUCUCAGAUUGACGCCAAGACCAGGGAUGGGCUGACACCGCUGCACUGUGCAGCCAGAAGUGGACAUGACACUGCAGUGGAACUACUGCUUGAAAGAGGAGCUCCCAUACUGGCACGGACCAAGAACGGCCUGUCCCCGCUGCACAUGUCUGCUCAGGGUGAUCACGUCGAGUGUGUGAAGCACCUGCUGCAACACAAGGCACCGGUUGAUGAUGUCACACUGGAUUACCUGACCGCCCUUCAUGUUGCCGCCCACUGUGGUCACUACAGAGUCACAAAAUUACUUCUGGAUAAAAAAGCGAAUCCUAAUGCCAGAGCACUGAAUGGCUUCACUCCUCUGCAUAUUGCCUGUAAGAAGAACAGAGUAAAAGUCAUGGAACUGCUGGUUAAAUACGGAGCCUCAAUUCAAGCCAUCACUGAAUCCGGCCUGACCCCAGUCCAUGUUUCAGCAUUUAUGGGACACCUGAAUAUCGUUCUCCUACUGCUACAGAAUGGAGCCUCACCUGAUGUCUGUAAUAUUCGUGGUGAGACGGCAUUGCACAUGGCUGCAAGGGCAGGACAGAUGGAGGUGGUGCGAUGUUUGCUAAGGAACGGCGCUCUGGUGGAUGCCAUGGCCAGAGAGGACCAGACACCCCUUCACAUUGCGUCUCGUCUGGGUCAGACAGAGAUUGUGCAGUUGUUACUGCAGCACAUGGCUUACCCUGACGCUUCCACCACUAAUGGAUACACACCUCUGCACAUCUCCGCUCGUGAAGGUCAGGUGGAGACGGCUACAGUGCUUCUGGAGGCCGGAGCAUCUCAUUCACUCACCACUAAGAAAGGCUUCACUCCCCUACAUGUUGCUGCUAAGUAUGGAAGCCUGGAUGUGGCAAAACUCCUCCUACAGCGGAGAGCACUUCUUGAUGACACUGGAAAGUACGGUCUCACACCUCUGCAUGUAGCUGCUCACUAUGAUAACCAGCAGGUGGCGAUGAUGCUCUUGGAUAAAGGGGCCUCACCUCACGCUACUGCUAAGAACGGCUAUACACCUCUCCACAUUGCGGCAAAGAAGAACCAGACUCAGAUUGCCUCUGCACUGCUUCAGUAUGGAGCAGAGACCAAUGCAUUGACCAAACAGGGAGUGAGUCCUUUACACCUGGCAUCUCAGGAGGGGCACACAGAGAUGGCCUCCCUACUGCUGGAGAAGGGUGCACAUGUCAAUGCUGCCACUAAGAGUGGCCUUACACCGCUUCACCUCACUGCUCAGGAGGACAGAGUGCAGCUGGCUGAAAUACUGGUCAAAUACGAUGCAAACAUAGACCAGCAGACCAAAUUGGGCUACACUCCUCUUAUUGUUGCCUGUCACUAUGGAAAUGUCAAAAUGGUUAAUUUCCUUUUGCAAAAUGGCGCUAAUGUCAAUGCAAAAACUAAGAACGGUUACAUGCCACUUCACCAAGCUGCUCAGCAGGGAAAUACACACAUUAUCAAUGUCCUGCUGAAGCAUGGAGCCAAGCCUAAUGCCAUCACCACGAAUGGGAACACAGCACUCUCUAUUGCUAAGCGACUAGGGUACAUCUCAGUGGUGGACACUCUGAAAGUUGUUACUGAGGAAACAAUCACAACAACAACUACGGUGACAGAGAAACACAAGCUGAACGUUCCAGAGACAAUGACAGAAGUUCUGGAUGUGUCUGAUGAGGAGGGUGAGGACACAAUGACAGGUGAUGGAGGAGAGUACCUGAGAGCAGAGGACCUGAGAGAGCUUGGUGAUGACUCUUUACCUGGACACUACCUGGAUGGCAUGAGCUACAUCCACAACCUAGACCGGUCCCAUGAGAACCCCAGUCAUCUUGCUUACAGGGGUGAAGGAAUGCUGAUUGAGGAUAUGAUCACCAGCCACCAGAUUAAUAAGGUAUCUGCAUUCUCUCGAGAGCAUGAGAAGGACUCAUUUCGACUGAGCUGGGGUGCUGAACAUCUGGAUAAUGUGGUGCUAACUAGCACUCUUCUGCAGUCAGGCCGAUCUACCCCAUGCCUUGACAAUGACAACAGCAGCUUCCUGGUCAGUUUCAUGGUGGAUGCCCGUGGCGGUGCCAUGCGUGGCUGUCGUCACAAUGGACUACGCAUUAUUGUGCCACCUAGAAAGUGCUCAGCACCUACACGGGUCACAUGUCGUCUGGUGAAGAGGCACAGACUUGCCUCUAUGCCCCCUAUGGUGGAGGGAGAGGGGCUCGCAGGCAAGCUCAUUGAAGUUGGACCCACCGGAGCCCAGUUUCUUGGUAAACUCCACCUCCCAACAGCCCCUCCACCUCUUAAUGAGGGUGAAAGUCUUGUCAGCAGAAUUCUGCAGCUGGGUCCACCCGGGACCAAAUUCCUCGGGCCUGUGAUAGUGGAGAUCCCCCACUUUGCUGCAUUGCGUGGGACAGAGAGAGAGUUAGUGAUUCUGCGCAGUGAGACAGGAGAGAGCUGGAGAGAACAUCACUGUGAGCACACAGAAGAGGAGCUGAAUCAGAUACUCAAUGGCAUGGACGAGGAACUGGACACUCCUGAGGAGCUGGAGAAAAAACGAAUCUGCCGCAUCAUCACACGGGAUUUCCCACAAUACUUUGCAGUGGUGUCUCGCGUUAAGCAGAACAGUCACCUGAUCGGUCCAGAGGGCGGGUUGUUAAGCAGCACACUUGUUCCACAGGUCCAGGCUGUGUUCCCAGAGGGAGCAUUGACUAAACGGAUACGCGUUGGGCUACAGGCCCAGCCCAUCAGUGAGGAUCUGGUGAGGAAGAUCCUGGGGAAUAAGGCUACAUUCAGCCCAAUUGUUACUUUGGAGCCUAGAAGACGCAAGUUUCACAAGCCCAUUACCAUGACUAUCCCUGUCCCUAAAAGCCCAACCAGUGACGGGACCAACAGUACACCCACUCUACGACUGCUGUGUAGUAUUACUGGUGGGACGACUCCAGCACAAUGGGAGGACAUAACUGGAUCCACACCACUAACAUUCAUCAACCAGUGUGUUUCGUUUACCACUAAUGUAUCAGCAAGGUUCUGGCUUAUAGAUUGCCGUCAGAUCCAGGAGUCUGUGAACUUCUCCAGUCAGCUGUAUCGUGAGAUCAUCUGUGUUCCCUAUAUGGCCAAGUUUGUCAUCUUUGCCAAGACAUUGGACCCUAUUGAAGCAAGACUCCGCUGCUUCUGUAUGACGGAUGAUAAGAUGGACAAAACUCUGGAGCAGCAGGAGAACUUCACUGAGGUGGCACGUAGUCGAGACGUUGAGCUACUAGAGGGAAAACCAAUCUUUGCUGACUGCUUUGGAAAUUUGGUCCCACUGACCAAAAGUGGACAGCACCAUGUGUUCAGUUUCUAUGCCUUUAAGGAAAACCGUCUCUCUCUCUUUAUCAAAAUUCGUGACUGCACUCAAGAACCAUGUGGCAGGUUGUCCUUCACAAAAGAGCCAAGAACAUAUCGCAGUCCAAACCACAAUGCAAUAUGCAAUUUGAACAUCUGCCUACCUGUCUACUCAAAGGAAUCUGAUUCUGAUCAAGAUGCAGAUGAGGAGAGCGAGAAGACACAUGAGAAAUAUUAUGAUGGAUCUGAGUCAACAGAGCUUUCCACGCUGCAAAUCAUACAUGAUCCUGCCACACUUGCAAGUCCAGAUCUGCUUUCAGAGGUGUCUGAUAUGAAGCAGGACCUGAUUAAGGUGUCAGUCCUUCUGACCUCUGAAAAAUCUUGCUCCUUGGAUGUCGGAGAGCGAUCUGACAAGGCUGUGGAUGAGGAAGUGGAUGAGCCGUUUGAAAUUGUUGAAAAAGUGAAAGAGGACUUAGAGAAGGUAGAAGAGAUCCUUCGUGAUGAUACAAAGGAUCAUACAAAGAGGGAAGGUGCUGUUGGGAGAUCUGUAACCAUUGAUGAUGAGGAGUGGGUACUUCUCAGUGAGACAGAUGUUGUGGAAACCAAAAGCAAAAAUAUAACUGAAUUCCAAGAGGUACUCAUUCAGGAAGUUAGAAUCCCACGAGACACUAUAUCCAGUUCUUCACCUAAGAGGGAUAUUUCAAGUAUGGUUUCGUAUCUCAGCAGUGACUUAGAACAGUGCCUGCAGGAAACAUCUGUACCAUUUAGUGAUUCACAAGAUGUGGAUAGUGUUCAAGAAAGUUUUAAAGAGGUUGUUGUGACACAUGGUAAACCCCGUCCAAAAGAAAUCAAAAAGCCAGCAAGGAAAAAGCGUAAAGAGAGGGAGUUUGCAAGUGGCAGUUCAGAGGAUGACUUGGAAAGUAUGAGUAGGAGUCAGUCUGAGGAGUCUCUUGAUGAAGAUGCAGUUAUCGGUGGAUCUGAACCUGUCUUUGGAUCUAUUCCUGUGUCUCCUAGAAUUGUAGAAACUCCGAUUGGAUCCAUUAAGGACAGGGUUAAGGCACUGCAGAAGAAGGUUGAAGAAGAGAAUGAGGUGGACAGUCAAAAGUGUAAAUCCCAAAAAGCGAGUACUUCCCAUAGUAAGUCAUAUGUCACAGAGACAGAAAAAUCACCCAACCUUCCUCCAAAAUCCCCCAGAUCCCCAAAGUCACAGACGGAAAGGAUAGAAGAAACAAUGUCUGUAAGAGAGUUGAUGAAGGCAUUUCAGACUGGCCAGGAUCCAUCGAAAAGCAAGUCUGGACUUUUUGAACAUAAAGCAAUUACGCCUGUUGUGAUACAGGUUCCCCAAAUAUAUGAUAACCAAAUGACAGCAACAACUCAAACGCCAAGUCCUAAUGUGAUGCAGAUUCCCCCAACAUAUGAUAGUCAAAUGACAGGAUCAUCCCAACAUUUACAACAAAGAGCAAUUACAACUGUAACCUCUGAAUCAUCAAGUUCUGAUGUGAUGCAGAUUCCUCCAACAUACAAUAACCAAAAUACAGAAUCAACCCUACAUUUACAAGAAAACAUUAUAGUAGAAAACAAGAUCCUUCAGGAAUCAUCAUGUAUUGACCCAAACACAAUUCAGCAUAAACCAAUGAUUGAUGAUAGUGAAACACUACAUGAAAAACCACUGACGACCAUUCAGAAUGAAGGUGAUCAAGCUGUAACUUCCAACAUUAUAUUUAAAUUUGAAGAGGAAAGCUCUCCAGAAAACCUGCUCUCUAAACAAACAGCAAAUGACCAAAAUGGAAAACCAUCUCAUGAACCAGGACGAUUUGAAACUGAGGAACAACAGAUUUGUUCUGAACUGUUAGUUAAUGAAGACCUGGGGUUGAUGCCUGAGAGAAUGUAUUAUGAAAACAUCUGUCAGAUCAGAAGAUUGUCUGUGGAGCCUCAGAUCAGCCCAGACAGGAAACCAUCAGAGGACUUCAGUGCAGAUAUUAAGGCAGAACUUGAGGACAGUCCUAAAUAUCUGAUCUUUAGGCAAACUUCAGAUGAAGCAAGUAAACAUUAUUUAAUGUGUAGUGAUGGCCUUUCUUUAGAAGAUGAGGAGCAGAUACACCAGGCAGCUGUGGAUCCAAGUAAAUCAAACAUAAUCACUGCAUUUGCUACUGCAAUGGUGCAAGGUGAGCCCUUAUGUCAAAGUGAAAUGCAUGAUGGAGCAUUGGAAGCAUUGGAAGAAAGUCCUGAUAGUGACAAACUCAAGGCCCUGGCAGACUCUCCUGCCAAUAGUAUAAGGACAAGGACUCCUCACUCCAGCACAGGUGACAAUGAGAAACAUGAGGGACUUGCUGAAACCCCUCAAAAUAGUCCUGAAAUCCUUGUUUUAUCUUUCAGUUCAACUAAUAAAGAAACAGAAGACAGAUAUCCAGAGGAGCAGGAAACAACUCACCAGUCAAGUUUGGAGACAUCACAUGAAAGAGCGGAGAGUGAAUCAUGUUUAGUAACCUUGAUAAAAAGCAAGACUGAAUCAACUUAUGAUACUAUGAUUGAAUCACCUUCUCUAUUCACCAAGAUUGAGUCGCCAUCCAAUGAUGAUUCUAAGAUGGAUACACCUUCUCCAUCCACCAGAACUGAGUCACCAUCCUCUGCUAUUUCAAAGACAAUAAUUCAGGAUAAAAUUCAAGUUACGAAAUGGGAGAGUGAAACAUCAGCAAAUUAUAUGAAAAGUGAUUUAAGCUGUAAAGAUAGUAUGAAGCCGACUGAAUCAGAUGUAAUUACUGAGUCUGAGAAGAUACCACAACAUAGUCAUCACAGUCAAGAUGCACCAGAGAGACCUUCUAGCUUGGAUUCUCUGCAGCUUGCAACCAUGAAUGACUCUAAAUCUCUUUGUAGAACAGACUCGCUUGAGACUACUCCCAUCAGAGAAGAUGGAUCAUCCCAAAAAACCCCAGAUUCUAUUGAGCCAAGCCCAACCAAGGACUCCCCAUGUCAAGACUCUUUAGAGGGAAGUCCCACUGGGCAAGAAUCUGGUCAACUGAGUUAUACUGAAAGGACAAGGGACAAAGGACUGGGAAGUCGUUUGUUGACAAAGGACUUCUCAACAAGUCAGGCUUUCGUUUCUGACUCCAGGGAAAAUUUAGAAAAAGAAAUAGUUUCUAAACAAAACAUUUAUUUAGAAAGUGAGUCAUCCCAAGGGUCACAUGAGACAUCAGAUAUGCAGUGCCUUUCCAUGGACUUGGGGGAAAAAGAAAAGGUGCUUGACAGUGACUAUCUUCAUGACUUUGACACUUUACAAAAGCAAUUCACUCCAGAAGAAGAGAUGUUUAAGAUGGCUGCAAAGAUCAAAACAUUUGAAGAAAUGGAAAAGGAUUCAAAAGUUAAAAAGGUCAAAUUUGAUUUUGAUUGUGGUUAUAAACAACCAAAAGAUGAAGAAGUGCUGUCACCACAUAAAAGUCCACUAGACUUUAACACAAUGUUAACCAAAGAAUCAGAAGAGCAGUACUUGGAGAACCUUACUGAAUCUGGCCCAGUAUUACCCUUACAUUCUUCAUUGUCAGAAGAUGAUUAUGACAGCCCUGAGUUGGAUGAAUCAACUCACAAGCUUUCAGGAGAAACCACUGAGGUUUUAGAGUCCACGGACAAAGGUGCGGAGGAACAUACCAAUUUUAAGAUUGUUGAUUUGCAGACAUGCAUAGGCAUACCAUCUAUGCAAACAUAUGUAGAGAACGAAGAAGACAAGUUCCCUUCAGAGUGCCAUAGUAUAGUGAUUAGUGAGACUAUAACUGAGGAGGAUCUUAUUAUUACAUCAGCAGAGAGCAAAAUGGGCACUGAGAUGGAUGGUGAUGUUGAUUCUAAGUCUACUGGUGAGAGCACAACUUCUGAAAAACUACUUGAACCAGUUUCUCCCAUCGACAGUGUAGGUGCAACUGCUGCUACAAAGCAAGUGCAGGAUGAAUUCCAGCCAGAUUUAUGUAUUCAUGAAGAGGACAAUGAAGAGAAGCCAGAAGAAAUCCCAGUAUCUAUUCCAAGAGACUUGGUUCCCUGGAGUGCUGAAGUGGAAGAUGACGAGGCAUUCGAUGCAAAAAUUGAGGCUGAGGAGCAGAAAAUACUUGCUUUGUUUACAGACAGACGUUCCCAUGGAACCACACCUGACACAACUCCAGGACGCACCCCUACUGAAGAGGGGACACCAAAUCCUUUCCUCUUCCAAGAGGGAAAACUAUUUGAGAUGACCAGAGGUGGUGCUAUUGACAUGACCAAAAGGACCAUGGAGGAAGAAGAAGAAAGGUUAGUCUUUUUUCCAAUAAAUGAAGAUUCAAGUGAAGAAUUUGAACAGGUCAAUUUCAGUGCUGGUGAGUUUGUUGCAGUAGCUUCAUCUGGGAUGCCUGCAGAUGGUUUAGUGCAUCAAGACAGAAUUACUGAGGAACCUGAUGCAAAGUCUGAUGGCUUUAGUAAAACUGGAACUAAAAGUGUUCAACCAGAACACCCAGAAUGGAAUGAUUUUCCUAUCCAAAGUGAACCAAAGAGCCACACAGAGGAUAAUGGUAUCCAUGAAGACACACUGAUACCGAAUGUUGACACUGCCACUUAUACAGUAACACGAACAGUUUAUUCUGAGCAAGACCCGGAAUCCUCUGACUCUUCAGUGGAAGAUGAACAGCAUUCUGUUGUUGAAAUGCCCAUAUCCACCCAUGUGUCUACAAUUUCCCCUAGUGCUUCAAUCUAUACUACAUUACCUUCAAUGUACACUCCAUCCAAGGACAUUGUUGCUGAAAUUGAAGACACAACAUCUAAACCAAAAAUAGCUGUGAAAGCAGCCAGUUUUGACCAAAUUUUAGGACAAGGGGACUCCAUCGAGCAGAAUCAAAGGCCUAAAUCUGAAGCAGAUACUGGUGACUCAGAAUGGUCCAGGUCCGUUGUGGAAGGUCACACUUAUAUAAACAGCAGCUACACCAAACCAAAGACUUCAUCCUCCCAGAUGCCUGUUUCACCCACACAGUCUCCUAACCCACAGUAUGCUGUUUCCAGUCAACCUGAACUCCCUGCCGAAUUCUCUCAGGAUUUGGACCCUUCAGGGAGCAUAGAGUGUGAUGAAACCAAAGGAGAGAUAACUUCUAUUGAGUUAGGGAGAGAAAGUAGUUUGAAAUCAAUUCGACCCCCGUCCAUUGGCGAUGAUGUCUUUGAGUCAAGGCCCAACUGGGAAGAUUGUGUGGAGACACAGAUGCAGAGAAUCUCAGACAGCACUACCCCAGACCAAAGUAAAGUGGAUUGGCAUGAUGAUGCAGAUAGGAAAGAAGAGACUUUGGCCAUCAUUGCUGACCUUUUAGGUUUUAGCUGGACAGAGCUGGCCAAAGAGUUGGAGUUUAAUGAAGAUGAGAUUCAGCGAGUGCGCGCUGAAAACCCAAAUUCACUACAAGAGCAGAGUCAUGCUCUUUUACAGCGCUGGACAGAGAGAGAAGGAAAGCAUGCAACUGAAGAUACGUUGAUUAAAAGACUCACUAAAAUAAAUCGCAUGGACAUUGUCCAUCUUAUUGAGAUUCAAAUGCACAAGUCAAUCCAGGAGCAAACCUCAAGAACAUAUGCAGAGAUUGAAAGGACCCUGGACCACAGUGAAGCUCUCUCCUCAGUCCAAGAGGAUGGUGACAGUGUUCAUGUUGUUUGGAGAGUGGAGACUUCACAAAGGCAUCCUCCAGCUGUGUCAGAAGAAGACUUAUCUGUGGCCUCUCUCCUUGACAUUCCCUCAUGGGCUGAAACAAUGGGAAACAUUCAUUCAGAGAGCAUUCAUGGAGAUAUGAUUGAAGAAUUGGAGAUCAACCAGGACAGCUUCACCAAUCCAUGGCUGUUUCAAGAGGUCAAAAAUGAAUCCACAAAGGAAGCCGCAGAUGAAGAAGGUGAUGAUGUUUCAGAUGUUCCUCCACAGUCGGUAACAGAAGAGCAGUACACAGAUGCACAGGGAAACUUGGUUGUGAAGAAGGUGACCAGGAAGGUCAUUCGACGAUGUGUGUCAUCUGAUGGGGUGGAGACAGAGCAGGUGAGGGUGGAGGGCUCCGCCCAGCAGCCUAUCAGCGUGGCACCGGGGGACGGAUACUCGAAAGUAAUAAAGAGGACAGUACUGAAGAGUGAAGGACAUCAGACAGAGGUGACUUUCCAUGAGCAAGACCGCAUUCAGUUAGCUUCAAAGGGGGAAUCUGCUGUAGGCCAAGAGGUCAGACAGGUGGUCCGGACGACAAUGAUACAUGGAGAACAGCUGGAAAAGCAUGAGGGGGAUCCUUUCCUCACCACAGACCUGCCCUCUGCCCGGGAUGACUUCACCCAGGACGAGGAGGCAGAAGUCUAGAACCCACAUGAGGUCAGUAGUGAGGGAUGCUGGGGGACAGAAGCGGGUGUGCGUGGAGCAGAUAGAUGAUCGGUCUGAGCCCCAUGACAACCUACAGCAUCACCUCCAUCACCUCAUUCACCACUACUGUGCCCAAAACGACUGAGAGGAAGAAAGCUGAAGGGAAGUCCGAGUGAUGGUUUCCCCCCUUCAUUUUCCUCUCCCUAUCUCCAUCGCUCCUCUCUUUGAGCCUGUCCGCCCUCCUAACCACUCCUAUGCACCAUGCUCAUGCAAUCCCAGAGUGCACUUCACUCCUGCCACUUUCAGUCUUCCUGUCCAGUCAAACUGGAUGUUCGCCCAGUUUAAGGCAACAGACAAUAUUUUCUCUCUCCUUAUUUUCCCCAGUUUACCACAAAUGUUUAUCUGUUUGUCUUUCAUUGUGACCAACUGGUGUCCUUUCCUUUCCUUUCCUAAUCCCUCAAUUAUAAUACAAAUGAAAUAAUGAACACAAACGAAUAAAAGAAAUCACAAUAACCAAAAAAGCUUUUAUCAAAACAGAAAAAAAGUCCUGGUUGUUCAUACUCAGAACCUUUAAGCUUGAACUAACAGAACCUGUACUGCACUGCCUACCACAACUUUUGAAUAUCGUUGCAUUAUAUCGCCACAUCAUGACAUGCUCUUUUGAUCUCAACAGUUGAGAUGUCUGAAAACUUCUUGCCUUCUUUAUCAGCUGUUGGGGUAUUGUGUGUCUGUGUAUUCUGUCCAUGGAGAGUAUAUAUAAUAUGCAUUUUUAAAAUGACAGUAGAUCACAUUAGCCACCUGUAUGGAUAUUAGCAGGCAUGCUUAGCUAGCAGCAGUCACUUAUUAAUAACAGAUUCUUUCUAUGGUUAGACGACUGUCUUUUUCGUCUCACCCCUCUCUUUGUGUCUGUGAUCUGUAGCAGUUCUAUCAUCAUCAUCAUUAUCAUCACAUUUCAGUAGAGCUUUUUGUUGCAAUAGAACACAUUAACAUGUGCUUAUGGUUUUAAACUUAAUUUAGCAAGCAUUUAAAGAGGGACUCGGGAAGCAAAGGUGGAAUCAAAUUCAAGUGAUCAGUUAAGUUAUGCAUAUGAUUCUAUUUUUAACUUUCUGAAUGUAUUCUUUUCUUUUGAGUAUGUGUGUUUGAGUGUGUGUGAAAACAAAAAUGUGAUUUUUAUUUUCAAAUUAUAUUAAUUUUGUUCUGUACAUAUUGCUCAAUAUCAGUAUGUGUCGAGGAAUCUUGCUCUGAGGUAUUUAUGAUGGUGAACGCUUUUAAAAUAUGUUACUGGUUUCGGAAGUGAGCAUAAGGGAUGUAUGUUUUUUUUUUU